UGAAAGCUGUGGACGUUAUCCGUGACGUCACCACGCGUUCCGAAUACGAAAUUCGCGCGCGAAUAUUUUCCUUUUAUUCUAUAAAAGUUAGUUUUAUUCUUCUAUCUGGCCAGUGAGUGUUUUGUUUAAAUUUGGAUUGUAAAAAAAAAUAGUUUUUGUGUGGUCAUAAUAUUUGAAAAAAUAAUAAGUGUGUAUAAAUAAUUUAUUUGUUGGUAAAGUAAAGUGUUAUUUGAUAAAUAAGGAGAGUUCUUCAGUUAUGGAUGCUUAAACUUCUUUCAAAAAAGAUCACCGAAAGAUGACCAACAAGGACGGCGUACAAAAUGUGACCUAGCAUGGUCUUUGACAUGAAUAACCUGACAUUCCUGGAGUCAGCGUUUCAAGAGUUUCAAUGUCAUCUGACCCAAGGCACAGGGUGUGGGGAGUCACACUCGGGGCUCGACUGCGCCACAGACGACACCUUCAUCAACUACACUUGUGAAUUAAACAUAGACAUACAAAAUGAAACCUCAUACUCUUGCACUACGUGUAAUACUACAAAUGCUAAUAGCAACCACACAAUGUGCAGCCCUUACCUCAAGCUAAACAUGGUGACCAUCAUCUUCGAAAGUGCUCUCAAGAACCUCUGGCUACGACUCCCCAAUUUCUUCUGUGACCUUGAUACCCUAUUUUGCUACACGGAAACAAGAAAUCGGACGUUGUACAUUGACGUUUUAAACGACACUCCAGUUUUAGGUGUAGUGGAAAGUUUUCAAUGUAGUUAUGACUUUAGGAAUGUGACCGAAAAAGUGGUGGAUAAAGUGGGUUAUGAUUGGAGUUUUCUAUUUGUGAUAGUAUUUAUAAUAGCCGGUGGUGUGGGUAAUAUAUUGGUGUGUUUAGCUGUGUGUCUAGAUAAGAGACUGCAAAACGUUACGAAUUAUUUUCUUCUGUCGCUGGCGAUCGCUGAUCUCUUGGUCAGUCUGUUCGUGAUGCCGAUGGGAGCGAUUCCUGGAUUCUUAGGUUAUUGGCCGCUGGGCGUGGUGUGGUGCAACGUGUACGUCACGUGCGACGUGCUGGCGUGCUCAGCCAGCAUCAUGCACAUGUGCUUCAUCAGUAUCGGCAGGUACCUAGGCAUCAGGAAUCCAUUGAAAAGUCGGCAUCAUUCCACCAAGAGAGUGGUCGUCAUCAAGAUCGCACUAGUCUGGCUGCUCAGUAUGUUCGUGUCAAGUUCUAUUACUGUUUUAGGUCUUAUAAACCGCACCAACAUAAUGCCGACCCCAGACCUCUGCGUUAUAAACAACCGCUUGUUCUGGAUCUUCGGCUCGUUGGUCGCCUUCUACAUUCCUAUGCUCACAAUGGUCGUCUCUUUUGCGCUGACUGUACAACUGCUGAAGAGGCAGGCUCGACUUGCUGCCACGCCUGUACCUGGAGGGACGCAGAGGAGACAAUGUGGUGGUUACGACAAUGGUCCAAGUCAAGGAAUGAGGCGCGUUGGAGUGAGGAGUUCACCAGACCUGUCUCCCAACAGGACGGUGACGAGGCAACUCACGUGGAGGAUCACUAGUGCUACUAGAUCACAACGCAACAAAGUGGGUAUGAGUGUCUCCCACCCUCAGCUAUCCUACAUGAACGGCUGUGGAGGAACAGGAUCAUCAGGUUCCAGAAGAGGUCGGGAUGUGGCCACUCAAACUCCACCCAGCAUAGCUGCUGAGACGAGAAGAGCCAGGCUAAGACCCUUGAAAUUAACACUAGCAGCGCCUAAUGCUUUGACUCUUAGAUUCCUAGCAAACCGCAAAAGGAGAUCAUUAUCAGCAAACGCAGUCGCGAAUGAGCAGAAAGCGACCAAAGUCUUAGGCCUCGUAUUCUUCACAUUUGUGCUCUGUUGGGCGCCAUUCUUCUUGCUCAAUAUACUGUUCGCUGCGUGCCCAGGGUGUGUAGUCCCAGAGCACGUGGUGGACAUCUGCCUGUGGCUGGGCUACGUGUCUUCCACCAUCAACCCCAUUAUCUACACAGUGUUCAACAGGACCUUCAGAGCUGCAUUCCUCAGGCUACUGAGGUGUCAUUGUACCAGACGCGGCCGCUGCACCCGCUACAGAUCAACGGGCUCCACGCGCGGUGCGUCCCAGCUGUGUGCCAGAUCAGCUCUACCUCUAGCCAUAUCAUUACGACCAUCAGCCUUACCAUCAUCGUCCCCAGCACAACCAGACACCACCGAAACAGUAUUAAUAGAACAACCUAUAGGAGAUUUUAAUAUUAGGUAUUAGAUUAAGAUUUUAUUUAUAUCAGUAAAACGUGUUGAACCAAUUUAAAUGCCAAAUUUAAAGUGACAAAUUGUGACAUUUAUGACAGCUGUCAAAUGUGACAGCUGUCACCAUUAACGUUUGACAUUUUAUAUAGAUAUGACGCAAGACCCAUCGUGUAAUAGUUCAUAACAAAGAUUAGUCACUCUACAAAUCUAAAUUAAUUUUGAAAAUAAAUCAGUUCUCAUAUAUUUUAUUUUAUUUUUAAUGGAAUAUUAAAAGUCUUGGUCGUAACUAUGUUGCAUGAUAGGGCUUGCGAUAUGUAAAACUGUUAUUUUAAAGAUAUUGUGUCAACAAACAGGAUGAAUUGAUUGUUAUAGAAAUAACUUUUGCGUUCCAACUUAAUAAUAACUAUGAAUGGAACUGUGUUUUAAAUACCAGCUUAAUGAAAAGUUUUUGAGAAAAACAAACAUAUUUCCAUUCAGACAGACCUCUGAACUAUAAAACUAAAUGGAAUCAACCUUCACAAAAUAAUGUAUAUUUUACUCAAUACAUCUUCAAUUCUGUUCUAAAAUAAACUCAGAAGUAUUUCUAGAAAGUUCCUUUCACUUAUUUAAUCCAAUACAUGUGUAAUUCUGAACAAAAGGUUUUUAUUUUCUAAUUGGACACUACUGCCAAGGUAAGGUAAAAGUAAUUGACGUAAAUGUAUUAGAUUUGAAGUCUGAUGUAAUUCUCUUUUGUAUCUAGAAUAUAAAACUGACACCUAAUUCUUUGGGAAUUUUCUUUAGUGCCAAAAUAAUGUAGUAUUUUUAUUCGUGUAAGGUGAACAAACAGUGAACUGUUUUUGUUGUAUUGUUGUGUAUGUAUUAUUAGAAUGUGCUACUGAUGUAUUAUUAAAUUUCAACUUGAGUAACCAAAUGCGCAGGAGAUAAUGUAGGGAACAAAUUUACAUGAAGUCACAACUUUUUAUUUCGGGAGAGGUGAGCAGAGGAAUACACAUACUUUUCACCAAGAACACUGCGGCUAAUAUAAUCUCAGAAAUUAUUGGUCCGAUUUGAAUAAUUCUUUUUGUAGUGGAUACUCCAUUAAUCGAGGAAGGUUACAGUCUAUAAAACAUCACGCUAUUAACAAUACGAGUCAACCAGAGCAGGUGAAACCGCGCCCGAGUCUCUAGUUUAAGAUACAAUUUUAAGACCCUGGUAGUUUUUUUUAAAUGCGUCUUAAGUAGACCCGUUUUUUCAAUAGACUUGUUUAUUUGGAUCUGAUUAAAAAAAGAGACAGACCUAAUGAAAUAGAAAAUUGAAUUACUACAAAUAUAUCAAAAUGAUAUUACUGUAUAUAUUUUUAAAUGUAACAAACAAAAUCAGUUAUUUGUAAAGCAUAUUUUUUCUACUUCGUCAAACACUAAUGAAAUAUCUAAACCGAUAUAAUUUCUAUACCUGAGACUAUUUUCUUUUUAUAACACCCAAUUUUGCGACGAAUAUAUUAGGUAUCUAUAAUACAUAUAAUAUUCCUUUUUGAAUAAACACAGUGAGGAAAUAGAUGUAAUGAAGUGAAUGGUACCUAUUUACAGUUUGAUAAAAAAUAUCAUAUUUGCCCUUAAUUUAUAAGCUGCAAGUAAUUUUCCUGGAUAAAGACCGAACUCAGUGGCGUGCCACUGGACGGUCCAUUGUUCAACAGUUGACGAGAACAGGUCAAUGAUGAAGUAACUUUUUCCCCCAGUUUUAUUGUGAUAACUAUUGGAAAUAAUAAGAAAAUUGAUUAUUUAAGAUAAUAUAGAAAUUGUUAAUAUUAUUGUGUCAUUUCUAAACCCAACAAGACUUUGUUUUGUUAAACUUUAAUCUAUCAAAAAUAGUGUCGAAUUUUAACCAAACAAAAAUAUUACAAUUACCAAAAUAAAUCCGUAAUUAUGCUAGCAAAGCAUUAUAAUUAUAAACCCAGCAAAUAUGCAUGAACUUGACCAAAAACUCAUAAAAGCCCGCCAUCCGUAUGAUUCGGUAAUAUGUUUUAAAUUAAAUUGGACGAGGUACGACGAAAAUUUCGAAUUACACAUCAUUUCUUUCGUCAUAGGCGGGAAAAUCCAUCUGUUUCUACGGAAAUUAAUUCUGAAUACGUAUUUGGUAUACACGAGUGCACAUCGAACUAUACAAAUCCAAUUUAUCAUGGCCUCGCGUUGUAUGAUUUUUCGGCACAUUCCAAGAUCAGUUUAUAUUGGUUAUGUAUAUCUUGAUGUUGUGUAUACAAGCCUAAAGUAUUUCGUUUCAGUAUUUUGCUUGUUACGUGCUUAAAUGGAUUUAAAGUGAAAAUAUUAAUAUUGAUUCAGUGGCAACUUGAGGAGAAUUUGUAAGUAGAUUUAUUGAAAUGUGUACUACUGUUGAUUGCGUAAGUGAAUCGUUCUUAUUACGUGAGCUGUAAGAUUGAUUUUUGUGUAACGAUUUCUUUGUAAUGUUUUCAAAUGCUGUUCAAGGUCCAUUAACUUCUCGUUUAUUUUAUGGAUAUAUAUGAAUAAAGCUAUGAAUCACUUAUUCGAUUCCGGAAAAAAAUCUAAUAAGUAUUCGCAAAAUUUCGUUUUUUUUUUUAUCUAAACAUUUCCAAUUGGUUUAGAAAUAUGCAUACAAGUUAAUAUGCAUAUAACUUAGUUAACAUUAACAUCAUUCCUAUUAAAAAUUGGUUUCAAAUAAAACCUUAACAAAUAAACUGAACAAUCCCAUCUGCUAACAAAACUAUCUAUAAAAAAUAGUAGCAACAAUUAACUUGACAGGACCUAAUGCGACAGUGGCGCCAUCCGAACGAAAACUCAUUCACAAAACCCAUAGUGCGGGGAAAUGCGCAAAACGAGAAACUAUCGAUAAAAAAAACUUCGUACGUAGAAGAAACAAAUUGUUCUUCAUUAACUUCUUUCACUGAGGCUAAAGUAUCGUUAAUAGCUUAAUUACCGUCGUUUUUCUUUUCCCCAGAGAUUAAUGGAUGGGUCACAACAAAACUUCUGUUAUGUUGUUGUUGUUUGACAUUUACUUUUUUUAAGACAAAAAGAAAGAAUACAAACAAAGUCUUUCUCGCCACUAGAGACGAAAUAAUUCAGUGUAAAAAAAGUUAAUUUCGUUCUAAUUUCUGCUUGAGAUGAGAAAAGAAAAUUGCGUUCAUUACUCAGUUACAUCUCAAAGAAUUACUGUAUGAAAAUUGUAUGCACGUGCUUGAAUAAAAAUUGUAUCUUAUAUUAACGGAAUAAGACUCUUUUGCGUUCGUAUCUUGUCAUACCUUAUUAUUCACAUAAUUUGAUUAAUUCAUUAACACAAAUAUUUUAUGUACUAGCUAUUUCCACACGGUUUCACCUGCUUUGUUAAGCCCCUAUUAGUUGUUGCGUGAUGUUUAGUAGCCUAUGUCCAUCCUCGAUUAUUGCGUUAUCAAACACAAAAUUUUUAUUCAAAUCGGACCAGCAGUUUCAGGGAUUAGCGCGUUCAAAAAAACAAACAAACUCUUCAGGCUUUAUAUAAUGGUAUAAGGUGUAUGCAAUAUGGUUGCAGUUUUGAACAAAAACUAGUCCCUCAAGAAACAACAUUGCACGAAUACCAAUAGCAAUUUACUCGCACCAUAGCAAUAUUUUUUGUCGUUUUUCAAAAACAAAUCGUAAAUUAUUCCUUGCACAACAUGCUUGAAGUUUAAUUACACCAUAAAUUUUGUUUAAAAGUGUUUUAAACUAAUUAAUUGCAUGAGUCUUAUCAUGCUAAUAUUUAUGUUUCAUUUUAUUAACAGCCUAUUAAGAGGUUCAUCACAUAAAGUGGGGUUUUGCAUUUAAAUUGGGCUAGUUCCAACUAUAGUAAGGACGUAACUACCGAAAGCAAAGUAUCCGAGUCGCAUCUCCAGUCAAGCUGUGUAUUUGGUUUUAAAAUUACAUAUUACAUGGGACUUAUAACACAAAUGGUGAAAAGUGGGUGUACAUUGUAUUACGGCAUUACAUACGUGCCGUAAUGUGCACCUCUGCCUACUACUUCGAGGAUAAAAAGACGUGAGUCUUUUUUGUCAAGAGGAGAAACCAUCCAAUGUUUUCUCAUGCCUAGGGUGAGGCGAAAAGGAGUGUUAGACUCUUACUGACUAAAAAUCACCCCGUUCCUACUCCUGCUUUUCAAGCCGGAGCCUCGGUUACCCUCUAGGUAGUCCGGAGCUCGUAAAUAACAUAUUGUGUAACAUAUUGCACUUAUAAUAUAACUGGAAUAAAUUGGUUAUUUUAUUGUACGAAUGUAAUCACCUCUGUUUACCCCUUCACGUUGGUGUGACGACGAUGUUGUAUUAUUUUGUUUUUCUACCCAAACCUAUAAACUACAAGUUCUCACGAGAUCAUAAUACACUCGGCGUCACAAAAAUCGCACCUCUUGGAAAAUUGUAAGUUUAAAACAUGUCCCGCCAGUAACGAAUACAUUACACAUUAUUAAUAUUGGUAUCAAUUGAAAGUACGUUUAACGACCUUUAAAUUAACAACAGUUAGAAUUCCUAAACACAACAGAUCUCAUCAGCACGUAACGUUAAAAAAAUGUUGUCAAAAUAUUCAGAAUGGGAUAACAUUCCUCAAGAGACUGUUGUCACAUUAAUUCGUCCAUGAGAGAAAGCAUGGAAGCAGUCAUCAGGGCUAGGGAGGGUAACACUAGGUUUUAAGUUGUUUAUUGCUGAUAAAAUAAAAUGUAACUUUUUAACCAUUUGCA